AUGUCGGCCUCCCAUGCCGGCAGGAGGAGGCACCACAGCGUGCGCUUCACCCUCAGAGAAGUAGAUGGAAAAGUACUGGCUUUUUCCCGCCUGGACUUUUCCAGACACUUGGUACAGAAGGCCCUCGGCUUCAAACCCGAGGAUCUUAAUUGUAUCCUGUCUCUGCCCUUCAACAAAGGGUUUGAUGUGAGCUUCAGGUCGGAAGCUAAGUUGAAGGACUUUUGGGCCAAGUACUCUGGGGUGAAAUCCCAGUUUAAUGUAUUCCUGGUGGAGGGCCUGGUGGACAAUUCACUGAAACAUGUGAUUGUCCGAAUGUUCAAUGAAACUGUGAAUGCAGAGGACAUUUGUCUGUGGCUGGGUAGACACUGCACGGUGAAGGGCCAGGCUAUCAAGGUCAGAGAUGUGGACGGCAUUUGGACAGGCAGCUGGAGGGUCCCCAUUCAACAAUGGCUGGACCCCCAGGGCUACCAAGGCCUGAAGCACCUGCCUAGUGUGAUAGUUCUGGGAGACAACCGUGGCUACAUACCAGAGGCCGGAAACAUGAAUACCGAAUGUGGACAAGAUGGUGGAAAGGAUUGUGAACAAAAUGGUGGACCAACUGAAAAGUUGAUUGGAGAGGUGGGGCUGGGAAAUUCAAAUCUCCCGCCAAAAACCCCUACAGGAGGAGAGAAGAGGGGUGAGGCGGGAGAGGGGGAGGGGCCUGCGGAGGCCCCUCCCACACAAAAGGAGGGGGAGCUGGGGCCUGCGGAGGCCACUCCCACAGAGAGGCUGGUGGAGGAGCAGAGGCCCGAGGCUACUUCCACCAACACCAUUGUGCAGAGGGAACAGGGGGCCCCUCCUGCACAGAAAGAGGUGGAGGAGCAGAGGCCUGAAGCUCCUCCCACCCACACCAUGGUAGAAGGGGAUCAAGAGGCCCCUCCCCCAGUGGAGAAACACCGGUCAUACCAGCAAAAGGCUGUGGUGGAGGGAGACCCUCUUGAUCCCCUGAACAAAUGCCUCAACCUCCUUUUAAAAGAACCCCACAACCCCAAGAGGCCUUUGUCAGAGUCGUCCUCUGGAAAUGAAGAGUUCCCAGAGAAGAGGGGGAGAGCUGGGUCUCCUUCAGACAGUGACUCUGUGGAGGAGCCCAGAGUCUUCCCCUCCGACUCGCCCAACGAGGUCGCUUUCCUCUCUGGAGCCAGACACUCGACUCCGAAGCUCCCCCUAGAGGAGGGGCAUAGGAGGGAUCAGGCUACAUCCCCUCCCUCACCCAUUGACGAGGAGUCGGAGCCAGAUCUACAGAGGAUAAACAUGACCUGGUUUUAA